AUGGCGAUUUGUCGUCAGAUUUUAUUUUUUGUUAUUGCGGUAGUUUUUUACAAAAGCGGGAGUGCCAGUGGAUAUAGCAAGGCCUGGAGUGGCGGAAAUCAUUUUGGACGAGCUCCGAUUCUCGAGAGAUUUUCGUGGCAAGUCUUAGAUUGGGCGUACCCAGAUCCGAUCACAAGGGCUGCGGCAAUUCAAAGUGGAGAUUAUAUGCCGGAAAAUGGACUGCCUGUGGGAAUUGAAAUUUGGAAAAAUAAAUUAUUUGUUACUGUUCCGAGAUGGAAGGAUGGAAUUCCAGCAACCUUGAAUUACAUAUCGCUGGACACAAACCGCGGUGGUUCACCAAAAUUAACGCCAAUUCACGCAGAUGAGUGUGACCGUCUCUGGGUCCUAGAUACCGGCACAAUCGGUAUCGGAAACACAACCGUACAAGCAUGCCCUUACACACUAAAUGUAUUUGAUUUGAAGACCGAUAAAGUGCUCCGAAAAUAUCGAUUACGACCCGAUGAUAUUAAUCAGAACACAUUUAUAGCGAACAUCGCAGUGGACUUGGGGAAAGGCGGGUGCGACGACGCGUUUGCUUACAUGUCAGACGAACUGGGAUACGGAUUAAUAAUUUACUCAUGGGAAAACAAUACGUCUUGGAGAGCUACUCACAGUUACUUUAUGCCAGAUCCUCUCAAGGGCGACUACACCAUUGACGGUCUGAACUUCCAAUGGGGUGAAGAGGGAAUAUUCGGUAUGAGCUUGUCCCCGUUGAUGGCAGACGGCUACAGAACUUUGUUCUUCCAUCCUCUGAGCAGCGACAGGGAGUUCGCAGUAUCCACCAGAAUUCUACGUGAUCCAGUUCUUGCCUUAGAUAGUUAUCACGAAUUCCAGGCAUUGCCAGAAAGAUUCAUGGGCCACUCAACUUCGGAAGUGAUGGACGAGAACGGACUCCAGUUAUUCAAUCUGGUCGAUCAGAAUGCCGUAGGCUGCUGGAAUUCGUUAUUGCCUUAUUCACCGGCUAACCAUGCACUGAUCGCCCGACACGAUGAGGCUAUGAUAUUUCCAGCUGAUGUUAAGAUUCGACGUGGAAUGGUGUGGAUAAUAUCCGACAAAAUGCCGCAAUUUUUGAUAACAUCUUUGAACUACACUGAAGUAAACUUCCGAAUACUGACGAUGCCAUUAGCCGACGCAAUUGCCGGGACUGUUUGCGACAAUGCACCAUGGAAAUUUGUGGACAAUAACGCACUUUGGUGGGGUCGAUAAUAAAUAAUUAAAU